GUCGUCUACAAUCGGAACUUGGAACGACCGGCUUCCAAGUCUUCGCAAGCUCAUCGUGAUUUCCUAGCAUUUUAGAUCAAGCUCUCAUGCUCGAUUCACAAAGAUCGAGUGGCAUGAGGGACCGCUCGCAAGCGCUCGUAUCCUAGGAUUGUGCGUCCCACCUCAGGUUAUCACUAUCACUCAACUUCCACGGUGGCCUGCACGAGCUUUCCAUGCUGCAUCAUUCCGUCUAAGUAUAUCAGCUUCCCAUCGUCCUCGUUCCCGCUAUUACUAGUUAGACCCCAUUCUGGUGACCUAUCAGUCCCUAGGAUGUCUCGUUCUCGCCGCUCAUGAGAGUGUGAUCUGACUCGUAUGGGACCCCAUGCUCAACAUUCCUUCGAAAGAGUUCUCCCAAUGAUCGUGGCGCUGAAAUGCUAGGAUAGCUGUAGUUGGGUUUGGGUUGUAAUUGAUGACUGCUGAGGGAUAUAUAUACGCAGUGCGCUUUGUGACUGAUAACAGAGUGCGCUCGUACCCUUCAACAUCCUCAGUCGCACCACCACUACCACCACUCUAUAUCUAUCUCAGAGCAAAAUGGCACGUACAAAGCACGGUUGGGCAGACGAGGUCGAGCGCACGCCGAGUCCUCCGCCUGCGCCCCCUGUGGAACGCAGUGAGGAGGACGAAGCGCUAUACCAGAAAUCUAUCGUCCAGCAAGAUCGCAAGCUGCUUCGGCAUCAGAUAUGGUCUAGAGACGACAGCAGAUAUAUUCCCUUCGACCCAGAAUCGUAUAAGCCCCCGCCCAUCCCGCCGAAAGACGAGAAAAACUAUUUUUAUAUCAAUUCAAGGAGGCAAAGACCGGCUCACGAGCCGUCCAUCGUUCUUAGCGACUUCAGUGAUACGCUCGUCACAUAUCUGAGGGUCGCAUAUGGAGACCAGUUCUAUUCCCCAGACCCCGAAAAGAACCCCGAAGAUUUCUUCACCGAGAUCCAUCGCAAGACCUUCCGGAAGACACUGGAGAAAGCGAAGAUGGCGCUGGAUGCGGUGGACCCGGAAGAGCAGAAGGAGGUCGCUGUGUCAUUGGGGUAUCUUGAUGCGAAACUGCCGGACCAUGAGGACGAGGAGACGGUGCAGUUCUUGAAGGACCUCGUGGAGCAUCUUCCGGUGCUGAACGACUACCUCGAGGAACAAUUCGAGCCUACUGCAAAAGAGCUCGAACUAUGCAUCGCGUACGGCAACAUAUCAUUCGACCUGCUCAAGUACCUCUUCACUCCAGGAGAUGAACUGACGACGAUCGACAUGGGCGGAAAGCGAAUCGUGUUCGUGCUGCAAUCGACGUCUUAUCAUUCGUCGUUUUCGGGUCGGUACUUCGAUCUGCGGGGUCAUGGGUAUGAGUGGGACGGGACAGCAUAUACUACAUACAGUGUGUCAAGGCAGAUACAAGAUUUCACAGGUACGGAGGCGAUCGAUGGACUGAGUUGUCAACAUACGACAGCAGCUAUCAACGCAAAAUUGGCUGAGAGAGGAGAGCUCUAUACGUCGUAUGCCGGUGUGCAUUAUAAGCUCGCUAGUGGAGCUAGAGUCAUCAUCGACGGGCGAGGCUAUCGGGAGCAAGAUGGCUACAGUCGUUCUCCAGACGAGGAGAUCCAGACCUUAGAUCCAGAACUACUGCAUCUUCUUCCACCCUUCCAAUACGGCUUCGACCUCAAGAAGAAGGAAUGGGGCCCUUACCUCGUCGAAGACUUACAGGAGGUCAAGUUCGACGAGAAUGCCUGGGACCAUCUCGUGCUCGAUAGCGAUAUCAAGACACUCAUCCGCUCUCUCGUUCAAGUCACGCGGAACUCUACUUCUGCGACGGCGCUUGUGCAGGAUGUCAUCAGUGGAAAGGGUGGCGGCCUCAUCGCGGUACUUCACGGGCCUCCGGGUACAGGAAAGACUCUGACCGCCGAAGCUGUGGCCGAACAUCUUAAACGUCCGUUAUACAUGGUCGGAUCAUCGGAGCUCUCGACGAACUGCUCGGAUUUGGAGGAUAACUUGAAAAGGAUUCUGAGUCUGGCCACUGCAUGGGAUGCAGUUCUGCUCAUAGACGAGGCAGACGUGUUCUUGGAGCAGCGCAGCUUGCAUGAGCUCGAGCGUAAUGCCCUAGUCUCGGUCGCACUCCGUCUCCUCGAAUACCAUCGCGGCGUCCUCUUCCUCACGACUAACCGGAUCAAAGCCUUCGAUGACGCGUUCUUGUCCAGGUUUUCCAUCGCUGUGAAAUACCCCGAACUCGACAAGCCCGCACGUCUCGCCGUGUGGAAACGGUUCUUGGCCAUGGCUGGCCAAAAGAUCCACGAAGGGCCAGCGCCGGCUGGUGCCCUCGCCAUCGAAGAAAAAGAUUUGGAUGCGCUUUCGGAGAAGCCUUUCAAUGGCCGGACGGUGAAGAACUUGGUUCGGACAGCUCAGGCGCUGGCGCUUUCGAUGCAAGAGUCGUUGGAAAUCAAGCAUAUCAAUGUUGUCGUACGGGCGCAGGAAAAGUUCUUGAGAGAGUUUGCGACGUAGAUUGUGGAUGGGCAGGAAUAAGCAGGGCAAUUAAUUGGAAGAAGAUAUACAGACUUUGUAAUGUAUCCGGUUGAGACACUCCUCCUGACAAUGCAUGUAUGUUAGAUGAACCAGCAGAUGCUACUGAUGCUAGCAAUAACAGUUCGCAGCU